GAAUAUUUAGUGAAAAGUGUUAAAACUAAUGAAUGCUUUUGUAAUCUAUUCGGCAAUUAUUGUGAGCAUUGGUUCAUAAGUUUUGACAUUCAGUACUGAUUUAGUAUUAAUUUAUUGAAUAAUAGAAUUUGAUUUCCUUUUAAAUAUUAUAAGUAUUUUGACAUAAAUUAACAACACUUUGAAAUUGUCGUCAAAAUCAUUAUUUUAUUAAAAUUAUUAAUAAAAGUCAAUAAAUAGUAUCAAUAAGUGUUUAAUAAUGUCAGCCAACAGUACUUCAGUAUUGCUGCGAUCGGGUCAUCAGUUUGCCAUUGAAACGGAAAAUAAGUCGUUUAAUGGUCUGACUGAUGAUGAAAAUUACAAGAAGUUAAGACAAUAUCACACUAACAAUGUUUUGACUAAAAAUCUAAAUCUUUCGGAUCUAUUCAAUGAAGACAAACAACGAUUUGAAAAAUACAGUAUCAAAUUGGAGACACCAAAGGGCGGACACAUUUUGUUUGAUUACUCGAAAAAUCUGAUAAAUAAAGAUGUAUUGGAUUUGCUGUUGUCUUUGGCCGCCAGUCGUAACGUUGAACAGAUGCGGACAAAAUUUUUUUCGGGAGAAAAAAUCAAUUUUACUGAAAACCGUGCAGUUCUUCACACGGCCUUAAGGAAUAGAUCCAAUACUCCUGUUUUGGUCGAUGGCAAAGAUGUUAUGCCAGAAGUGAAUCGAGUUUUGGAUAAAAUAAAGAGUUUUUCCGAUUCUGUUAUUAGUGGACAAUGGAAAGGAUUUACGGCUAAGAAAAUUACAGACGUUGUGAAUAUAGGUAUUGGUGGCUCAGAUUUGGGACCUGUUAUGGUGACCGAAGCUCUAAAACACUACAAAUCAAAAGAUGGACCCAAUAUUCACUUUUGCUCCAAUAUUGAUGGCACACAUUUGGCUGAAAUAUUGUCUCAUCUGAAUCCCGAGACAACACUUUUUAUAAUUGCCUCCAAAACAUUCACAACACAGGAAACUAUUACUAACGCCGAGUCAGCUCGCAAUUGGUUCUUAGAGUCGGCUAAAGACAAAGCACAUGUGGCCAAACAUUUUGUGGCUCUUUCAACAAAUAAAGAAAAGGUCACCGCUUUCGGUAUCGACGAGAAUUCGAUGUUUGAGUUUUGGGAUUGGGUUGGCGGUCGGUAUUCACUUUGGUCUGCCAUUGGACUAUCAAUUGCUGUAUAUAUUGGAUUCGAUAACUUUAGAGAACUACUAGAAGGAGGGCAUUGGAUGGAUAAGCACUUCCAAGAAAGACCGUUGUCUGAAAAUAUACCCAUUUUAAUGGCAUUAUUAGGUGUUUGGUAUAUUAACUUCUUUGGUGCCGAAACUUUAGCAAUUCUUCCAUAUGAUCAAUAUAUGCAUCGAUUUGCGGCUUAUUUUCAACAGGGAGACAUGGAAUCAAACGGCAAGUAUGUUACCCGAUCUGGUAAUAAUGUCAAUUAUUCUACCGGUCCUAUUGUUUGGGGUGAACCGGGAACUAAUGGUCAGCACGCCUUUUAUCAACUCAUACAUCAGGGAACGCGUCUUAUUCCUUGCGAUUUCAUAGCACCCGUCAAAACACUAAAUCCAUUGAGCAAUGGAUUACACCAUCAGAUACUUUUGGCGAACUUCUUAGCACAAACUGAGGCUCUAAUGAAAGGAAAAGAUAGACAUCAGGCAGAAAAUGAACUCAAAAAACAAGGAAAGAGUGACCAAGAAAUCAAACAAAUUAUUAACCAUAAAGUGUUUGAAGGCAAUCGUCCAACAAAUUCAAUAGUUUUAGAUGUUAUUAAUCCAUUCAAUUUGGGGGCACUUAUAGCUGCUUACGAACACAAGAUUUUCACACAGGGAGUCAUUUGGGACAUCAACUCAUAUGAUCAGUGGGGCGUUGAGUUGGGAAAAGAAUUGGCUAAAGCUAUUGAACCACAAUUAAAGAGUUCAGAUAUCAUCACAAGUCAUGACAGUUCAACAAAUGGUUUAAUCAAUUUUAUUAAGACUUAUCCAAAAUAGUGGUUUAAAAAUUAUCUCAACAAAAGAUGCAUUUAAUAAGAUUUAGUUUAUCGUUGUUUGUUUGUUAUUGCUUUUAUGCAAUAAUUAAAUCAAUUGUCAAUUUAUUGCUAUUUUA